UUGAUCUAUCGAUAGGUCUAAUACACACGUUAGGCUGAUCCAACUUUGUCGCUAAACAAAACAAAACACGAAAAUCGCAUUAUAGAUAUAGGACGUAUCCUGGGUACAGGAUUCAGAUCGUCGUCAGUAUACUGAUUAGUAAGUAAUGAUGUAGACAGAGAAGUACAUACUUGAAUUUGAGCACCAGGAAUUCUCCAUUGGGAUUUAUACAACAUUUAAAACGUGUUGCCAGUUUUGGAAGAAGUCAUGUCGGUAAUACGAUCUUCAGUGCGGACCCCUCAUCCGAAGAUGCCUUGGGGCACGAUCAUUAAGCCCGAGUUUGAGAUGGGCCACCAGAAAAUGACUGGCUACGAGAUUGAUCAGACGGUAGAAAGAUUAUAUAAAGUACAGGCAGUGAAAGAGAGGGUUUACGAAAGGCCGGGCCCUAAACUUCCUCCAGAGGAGGCAAACGAAAUCUUUACAAGACUAAGUACUGUGCCAGAGCGUACCCAAGUCCCAGAUAGCGAUCGUCGGGUUAUUAAAUCAAUGAACUCUUCAAUGGGCGUAGUCAGUUCUUAUGCAUGGAAGGGCUACAACUGACCUGCGCUGUAUUACUGAACAACGCAUUAUCUGCCAUACGAAAUGUCAUCAGGACAGUGCCAUCCCGUCAAAGUAACAGAGGAAGUUAUUUUGAUACCGUUCUUCUUAACAUGUCGUGUUCAAUCUCAAAAUUCAUAAUUUACGAUUAUGCAGCCGACUGCCGAAGGUUGUCUACAAUUUAACGUCAACGAUCUGUUAGGGAUCUUUGAAUAAUUUAAACCAAAUGAAAUUGAUACUGGUUGUGUGUAUGAUGAUAAAUAUUGUUUGAUAACCAAAUGACUUAAUCUUUACUUGGGCAGGCUUUUACUGCUAAAGGAAAGGACAUCCGACUGAGCUUUUGUUGGUGAUUUGGAAAACAUUGAUAUGAUGUAUAUUUAAUAUAUGCUAGCCUGUGUGUAAUGCUUCCAAUGUGACAGGUACGUUUUAUGGAUUAAAAUAUGUCAGGACUUGAAAUGGUCUAAAAUUUGAAUGGUACAUUUGUGUUGUACAACAUAUUAGCUCACUAUUGAUGCCAAAUAUUACUUGAUUUGUAGUCGAACAAGGAAUUAAAAUCAAUAUUUGUAUCAAACAUUUUUAAAACUGUCUUGUCUUCUUCAAUUGACUUUUUAGAAUACUAUUUCCACGAAUGACUUCGCGUAUUUAAAAGAAACCAAAACUGCCUACCAAUAUCAG